AUGUGUUUGACCCCCACCUAUAUCAGUAUAUCUGGUAAAGUUAAGAUCAUCACAAAAAUAUUGCCAAAAUCUCUGAUUGGACAAAUUUUCAAUCUCGCAGUACCAGCACUGGUGCUUAUAUGUCAACUAUUUACUAGAAUAGCGAUUGCCAAAGAUGAAAUAGAUGAUUGGGACGAGGAAAUCGAAAUAACCGAGGUGCCUAUUGAGCCUGUCUCUGAACCUUCUAAGGAGGAGAUACCUGCGCCUAAGCCUCUUAACGUCAAAGUAUACCCAAAACUUGUUUUAUCCGACUUUUACCGUGAAAUGGUAAUGAUCGCGAUGAUUGUUGUAUAUCUUAUUGUUUAUUUCAUUGGCAAACGGGCCAAUGAGGCGAUUGCGGUAAAAUGGAUGGAAAAACAUAUUGUUCUUCUUAGAGAGAAUUUUUCCCUUGUUGGAAAUGAUAAAGGUGGCGUUCUUAUACAGGAUGGUCCCGCUGAAUAUCUUUUCUACUUGAGUGGUCGCAGAAAUUGUCAGUAUAUUCAUGGAAAAAUAACGCUUAAACCACGACAUGACAUGCUUCAAACUAUUACAAAUUUUAUUACAUCUCAAUUUAGCAGCAAAACGGUAACAGACACUGUUACUUAUAAUGUAACCAUGAAUGAUGGUGCUUACGAUGACUUUGUUUUCGGUAUCACAAAAAAAGAUCGCGCUUCCGAUCUUCGUCAAUCGCGUUACGAUUUGAAAACUUUUACCAAACAAACUAACAAUAAUCUUCUCCCAAGCGCUGUUAAUGUUCACAGUGAAUCUGUGGAUAUUACUGAAGCAAUUCUUAGCGUCAAUAGAGUUAUUGAAUUGUUGAAUGCAUCUUCUCAAUAUCUGACGUAUAUAAUAAUUUCUGAUCAAACACGAGUUCGCCCAGAAAAAAUCAUUGAAAAUAAACAAAAACUUUUAACCGUUAUGCAUGAACUUCCAAAUGACGCCUCAAAAUUUUCCGAUAUUAUGAUUAUAGCGGAACUAACUAGGCAAAAACUUAUCAAGAAUAGAGAAGAAGCUGACAAAGUCAUACAAAAAAAUUUAGCAGCUGAAAGACAAGAAGAAAUUCAGCAAAAAAAGGCUGACAAAAAACGUGCUGAAGCUGAACGUGUAGCUAAAUUGUCACCCGAAGAACAGCGAAAGUACGAAGAGAAAGAACGAAAAAGAGAGCUGAAAAAAAAGCAAAAGAAACUGGUUAAAAAAGUAUAG